AGCAAGUUUCGUUAGUAAACUGAACUGAACAUGCAACAGUUCUCCGAGCCGCGCCCACUAAACUCCAGACUCCUCCUUCAGUGUGACUGCACGCGCCCUGCGUCGCCUGCACUCGUCUUUCCCUCACACCAGAUACAUCCAGAACGCAGACAUGGCUCCGUAAGGGUGCACAUGGCGGCUUACAGCCAUGAACCAAAAAACAACUCACCAAAAACUACAGAUGCAUCUCCGAUCUGAUUGAUUUUCGACCGAUCAACUUACACAUCCGUCGCAAUAUCUCUUCAAUCCGGUUUUCAGUAGGCUACUCGGGAGAAGCUGCCGCUCGCAACUCUCUCUAUCCAUUUCCAACAGACAUUUUUACCUUCCUUAAUAACAGUUAAUAUCACUUCCCGAGGCAGCAGUUAUGGGUGUACAAGGUUUCCAGGAGUACAUUGAAAAGCAUUGCCCUAACGCCGUGGUGCCGGUGGAGCUUCAGAAGCUCGCCCGAGGAAGUCUGGUCGGCGGCGGCCGGCAGAGACCCCCUCAAACUCCGCUGCGGUUGCUGGUGGACGCCGAGAACUGCCUGCACCGGCUGUACGGAGGCUUUUACACCGACUGGGUGAGCGGGGGCCAGUGGAACCACAUGCUCGGGUAUCUCGCGGCUCUCGCUAAAGCCUGUUUCAACGGCAACAUCGAGCUUCUAGUGUGCUUUAAUGGCGCCCUGGAAAAAGGCCGCCUCCACGAGUGGGUCAAGCGACAGGUGAACGAGAGGCAGACCGCUCAGCAGAUCAUCAGCCACGUCCAGAAUAAGGGAACACCGCCGCCCAAGGUCUGGUUCUUGCCUCCGGUGUGCAUGGCCCACUGCAUCCGUCUGGCGCUCCUCAGGUUUCGCAUCGGGGUUGUCCAGACCACCGAGGACCAUCACCAGGAAGUAAUUGCCUUAUUCAGAGAAAAUGGGUUCCAUGGUUUGGUGGCUUAUGAUUCUGACUACGCCCUGUGCAACAUCCCAUACUACUUUAGCGCUCACGCUCUGAAACUCAGCCGUAAUGGCAAAAGCUUGACCACCAGCCAAUACCUGAUGCAUGAAGUUGCCAAGCAGCUUAAUCUCAAUCCAAAUCGUUUUAUCAUUUUUGCUUCACUUUUAGGUAAUCACAUACUGCCUGAUGAAGACUUGGCUGCCUUUCACUGGAGUUUACUAGGUCCUGAGCACCCUUUAGCAUCCUUGAAGGUCCGUGCUCACCAGCUUGUCCUUCCUCCCUGUGAUGUUGUCAUAAGGGCCGUGGCCGACUAUGUCCGCAACCUACAAGAUGUCAGUGACCUGGAGGCUAUUGCUAAAGACAUCUUUAAGCACUCUCAGUCCAGAACAGAUGACAAAUUCGUACGUUUCAAACAAGCAGUGGAGUAUUAUACCACCGCGAGCAAACCCCUUCACUUCCCGCACUAUUUAGUCAGACCAAAUCAGAUGGGAGGGCCAGCAGCACCACAGAUGCUUAACAUUCCACAGACCUCCCUUCCUGGCAAACCUGGGGUCCAGCAUGGCUUUUCUGGCCCUCCAAUGGCCGAACCCGCACGUGAAUUGAACGCAUCGGGUAAAGGGCUCCUAGAUCAGAACAACUACAGCAACAUUCCUCACGACGGGAAGCAGCACACGCCACUGUACGAGAGGUUGUCCCCCAUCAACCCGGCUCACGGCGGCAGCUCCAACCACACGGAUCCAGCCUUUUUCACCACCUCCUCCACCUCGUCCUCUUCAGAGAAUGAGGAAAACACAGGCUUCACUGCCAAUCAUGUAAGUGACCAUAGGGGAUGGGACAAGCAGAGAAAUCAGAUGGACAACAUCCCAGAAGGAGACAAUGGGGACCAAAACACAUCUGAUCCUUCUGUGACCUCCCCUGUCAACCAAGGCCUGGAGGUCAGAGAUCACGUAGGGGUCAACGCCCAGAUCCCAUCCCUUCUUUCGAUGCCAACGAGAAACCACAUGGAUAUUACAACUCCUCCUUUACCCCUGGUGGCACCCGAGGUGCUGCGGGUCGCUGAGCACAGACACAAAAGGGGCCUCAUGUACCCGUACAUCUACCAUGUUCUCACCAAGGGUGAGAUUAAGCUAUCAGUCACCAUUGAGGACGAAGCUAACAAAGACCUGCCCUCCGCGGUGCAACUGUACCGGCCAAUCCGUCAGUAUGUUUACGGGGUUCUCUUCAGCCUCGCCGAGGCCAAAAAGAGGGCGGAGAGACUCGCCAUGAGAAGGAAUCGCCUUCCUGAAUAUCCAGCAGUGAUAAUAAAAGAAUGGGCGGCUUACAAAGGCAAAUCUCCACACACCCCUGAACUAGUGGAGGCUCUUCCCUUCAGAGAAUGGACCUGCCCUAACCUGAAGAAACUCUGGCUGGGCAAGGCAGUAGAGGACAAGAACCGGCGGAUGAGAGCUUUCCUGGCCUGUAUAAGGUCAGACACUCCAGCCAUGCUGAACCCUGCCAAUGUUCCCACCCCACUCAUGGUGCUGUGCUGCGUUCUACGGUUUAUGUUACAAUGGCCAGGAGUAAGAAUUUUGCGUCGUAACGAACUUGAUGCUUUCCUAGCUCAAGCACUUUCUCCUAAACUUUAUGAGCCUGACCAGCUGCAGGACCUCAAGAUUGACAACCUGGAUCCACGUGGCGUUCAGCUGGCUGCUCUUUUUAUGAGCGGCGUGGAUAUGGCACUGUUUGCCAAUGACGUGUGCGGGCAGCCCAUUCCCUGGGAGCACUGCUGUCCGUGGAUGUACUUUGAUGGCAAGCUGCUACAGAGUAAACUCAUCCAGGCCAACAGGGACAAGGCCCCCCUCAUUGACCUCUGCGAUGGUCAGACGGAGCUGGUUGCCAAGGUGGAGAAGAUGCGUCAGAGUAUCCUAGAGGGUCUGAACUUCUCUCGGCCACCCCUGCCCCUCACGUUCCCCCCUCCUCCUCCACACGCUAUGCCUUUCUACCCUCCCAACAGCACCUUCUACCCACCACCACCUCUGCCCCCAUUGCAGGGUAGAGGCAGGCGCAUACCUGGACUACAAGCCAUGUCCUCACAGGGUGGUAAGCUUGAGAUUGCAGGCACAGUAGUGGGUCAGUGGGCUGGCACUCGUCGUGGAAGAGGAAGAGCUGCUUUUCCCAUACAGGUGGUGUCAGUCGGUGGACCAAACAGAGGUCGUCCAAGAGGUGUGAUUUCCACUCCUAUUAUAAGAACCUUUGGUCGAGGAACUAAAUACCACACGAGAGGUUUUAAGAGUCAAGGAACAUACCAGACCAUGCCAUCAUAUGUUGCCUCAACCAAUGAUGUGUUUAAAGACAAAAAGAAGCCCAAGCCGGCGGAUAAAACAGCACAUCUGACCUCCGAAGGGUCCACGGCAGCAGAGAAUGGCUUGGAGGGUACAGAAGCAGACCAGCUCGAUGGGGACAUAGGGGAAAGCGCCCCUAACCAACCUGAAAGUGCCUUUAGCAAUGAAUCUAAAAUGUGCAAUACAAAUCCUCAUUUAAAUGCACUAAAUGAAGACAGUGAGGCCCACAGAGAUGAAGCUCUAGGAGCUGCUGUCUUAAAAACAGAAGAGUAAAACUAUUUUUAUAGAGAGGG